AUGUCAGGGUUCGGGAAAGAAGGAUCCCGGACCCCGGCGGCGGGCGUUAUUGCCACGUCCAGCAGCAGCGUGUGGGAGAGCCUGGGGCUGCAGCCCCUGGCUGGGGGCAGGCUGCCUUCCCACGGCACCGGGGAGGCGUCCAGGCAGGAGGCAAAGCGAAACCAUCCGGCCCAGGAGCCGUCUCCUCUUUACGUGCUUAACCGCAUCUCUUUUACACGCUCGGACGAGGCUGUCGGCUUGGCUGCCGUCACCUGCAAUGAUGGGAGGAAAAUCGCGCAGAGGCUGCUGGCGCACCGGAGACCGCAGAAGUCCUUCUUUGAGACGCUCAUCAGGAGCCUGAUCAUCUUGUGUGUGGCGAUAGCGGUGGUCUUGUCGUCCAUCUCCGUCUGCGAUGGCCGCUGGCUCUUCGCGAGGGGCCAGCUCUUCGGACUCUGGCACUUCUGCACUGUUAGCAACGGCAGCGUCCUGAAGUGCGUCACCGACCUCAGCCUGGCCCAGGUGGAGGGGCUGAGCGUGGGGGCGAUUCCCAUAAGAAGCAUGGUGUCCUUCGCUGUCGUGGUCGCCAUAUUUGGCCUGGAGCUCCUGAUGGUGUCCCAAGUCUGCGAGGACGCCAACGCAAGGCGGAAGUGGUCGAUGGGCUCGGUUCUCAUCCUCGUCUCGUUUUUGCUGUCGGCCACCGGGGUUCUGAGCUUCUCCAUCCUCGUGAAGGAUCACCUCACCUUCACGGGCUUCACACUGACGUACUGGUGCGAGUUCGUCGCCGCCUUUCUCUUCUUCCUUAAUGGGAUCAGUGGACUUCACAUCAACAGCCUCACACACCCCAGGAACAGGGUAGGCAAAAUCUAGGCGCAAAGGGUGUACCUCCGCCUUUGUGUAAUCAGCUUUGCCAAUUAGAGUGGAAAAAAGGGAGUCUCAUGAAGUUUGAAAAGGACACCGUGUCUUAAAUUGUGUGCAAGGAGGGGAAGCAUGAGUCAAUCUUCGUGCCUGUAGAAGACAUACCCACCCACUGGUCAGUGCGGAGGGCCGCGCAACAUGGGCAAAGCAGAGACUGAGACU